AAUGUCUUCAUGUUCUGAUGGUUUGAUUGUGAACAGUGAAGAAGGGUCCAGCGGCUUCAGUUGGUGGAAGAAUCAGAUUAGUCGGUUUUUCUAGGGUUUAUAAGAAAGUUGAACUAUGGCUGCUGCUAAUUGUGCAAGAAGAGCUUUUCAAAGCAUUACAAAGUCAUCAUCAGCACCAUCAUCAUUUGCUUCUGGUGCAGCUAAGUUUGGUGGGUUUACUUCUACUGCUAAACCAACUUCUACACCUCGUUUUUUGAAAUCUACAUUUUCUUCAAGGCUUCCUGUGUUGGGUUGCGCUCAGUCGUUGAUGCCGUUACACAGUGUUACUGCUUCUGCAUUGCUUACUUCAAAGAUCUCAGGAAAUUGGGCUUGGCUUUCGGAAGGGAGUUCCCUCGAUAUUACGUAGGUGGAUGACUAUUCUUGAUAAGCUUCCUUACAAAGGUGGCAGAUAUGGUGUCAGGAUAUGUGACCCCACUUUGACAUGGUCGGUGAAUUCAAUCCAGUAGACAAAAAGAAGUAGAAUCAGAUUGGGAGGGGAAUCAUUUCUGUUCCACCAUCAUUUUGAAUAAUUUAUUUGUAACUACAAACAAAGAGAGGUAAACUCAUUAGCCGAUAGUUGGCACUUGUGCAUGUCAACCUUUUCAUCUGUACCUGAAAUUUUCCUUGGUAGAUAUUUGGUUCCUUGUACUGAGGGCCAACAACUAAAACAAGUGUCAGGUAAGGUUAUUUGGAUUUGGAAUUAGCUGUUGAUCUGCUUUUUUAGCUGUAACCAAACCACAACGUUUGCUUGUUAUCAUCAUUCAGGGACAUUAUUUGAAAUAUAACCAACAACCUUGAACCUACUUAUUAUCAGACUCCAAUUAUGCACCUCAGGUGAUCAUUCCUAAUUGUACAAUGAUUUCGUAUACCAUCUCACUUCAAGCAAUGCUAAUCUCCACCAAGUGAAUUUGGCAGCAUGUGGAGCUCAUUGGUCAUUUCUAUUUAUAAUUAGUACCAAAAAUCUUUGUAAAAGGAGCGAGGCGUCAGCUCCGAACUUCAUGAUAUUGUUCUCCGUCGAUCCGAGGAAACAAACAAUCAGAGACUACGCGAGGAGACGAUGUCUCUUCUUCUUUCUCCCGAACUUCUAUUAAGAACUAUGGUACGAUCUCUGGAUGUGGGAGCGACCAUACGGCAAACUGUUGUCCAAAACCAGUCCCCACUAGAGUUAUGAUGUGCACGACCGUCCUUGGCCUGGCUCCCCCCCACAAACUAUUACCGAUUUCAGGCAUUGGAUAUGCACGUCAUAAAUGAGAAAGGACUGCCAUGAAUUUAGCCCUUUCUCAUUACUUUAUUUCAAAAAUCAAUUCAUAUGCAAGUCAUAACUAGCGGAGGACCCCUCAUAGAGGAAUGUAAAAAAUAUGACCGUUGUCUAACGUUCUAAUUUCUAAAUUUUAAAAUCUCAGCUUUCCUUUUAGUUACCGUUAUCUCAUCAACCCAAAGCAUCCGACCUUUCUUCUACUUACCCACCUUAUCUCUAUACAAAACCUAGAAAUUUUCCAGAGAGGAGAAUAUAAAAAAUUAGGGUUUCAAGAAAAACCCAAAUAGAAUUCUUAUCCAAUCUGGGUUCUGUUUUUCCUAUAAUUCUUCUUCGCUGUAAUUCUAUCUAAUUCUUGAUUCAAUUGAUCAAAUUGAGGUUGAUUGAUUCACCAAGAUGGCAGCAUUAGCUUCAGGGAUUCUAUUGAAGCUACUCAAUGGGAUGAAUACAGGUCUUAAACCGACAAGUGAACAUAGAAGUUCAUUAUUACAGGUAACAGAUAUUGUACCAGCUGAUCUUGAUGAGAAAAAUCUUUUACCUAAACAUGGUUUUUAUAUUAAAGUAUCUGAUUCAUCGCAUUCGAUAUAUGUUAGUCUUCCGUUCGAGCAAGAUGAUCUUGUAUUGAGUAAUAAGAUGCAAUUAGGUCAAUUUAUAUAUGUAGAUAGAUUAGAACCAGGAUCACCUGUACCUGUAAUCAAAGGUACGAAACCAAUACCAGGUCGCCACCCAUUUAUGGGAACUCCUGAACCAAUAAUGAGUUUAAGAGGUAAUGGACCUAAAAGAAGUUCUUGGGGCACACCACAAAUUGGGGAUGAACCUGUUCCCUCUUCUCCGAUGGUUGUUAAACCGGUACCGUUUGAUUUUCCGGCUACGCCUGUUAAAGAACGAAGUGCAAUGAAAGUAGGACUUAGUUUUCCGAAUUCCCCGAUGAGUAGAAGCAGAUAUGCAGUUAAGGAUGUGAAUUCUAGCUCAGUUUUGAGAUCUUCGAUGGGCGGUGGUCUUUUGUCAAAGAUGGUUAGAGGAGAAAGCCCUAUCAUGGUUAGGAGGAGUUGUGUUGCUCCUUCAUCUACGUCAAAGCUUCCGAGGAGCAAGAGUGUUUGCGAACGAGAACCCAGGAUCCCAAGAAGUCCAUUCAAUCCCAUUGAAAAGAGAAGUGUAACACCCCCACCCAGAUUAAGAAGAAGUACCAGAAUAGGAACAUCUAUCAAUUUUGCUACGGAUGGGAAGAAUUCAGUGAACUCCAGUUCCGUCAAUCGUGCUGUGGAUGCACAGAAUUUGGUGAACUCCACCAAAUCACAGUCUCAGUACACUAAUCCAACUGCCUCAAAGAAUAAUGCAAAUACCAAUUUCCUGAUGUCAUUACCUGGAAAGCUAUGUUUGCUUGGAAAGGAAGCAGUACAACAAAGGGAUACAACACAGAAAGCUGCUUUACAAGCAUUAAGAGAUGCUUCAGCAACCGAGACCGUAGUUCGGGCUCUCAAGAUAUUUUCAGAUUUGAGCAGAACAGCUAAACCAGAUGCACCGUCUAACUGUUUUGAUCAAUUUUUGGACUUCCAUUUUCAUAUUACUCAAUCAGUAACUGAUAUGGAAUCUAUUCAUGCUGCUACUACAGCGGCUCAAAGAAACACUGAUAACCAGAUAAAGUCAGAAGAAGAAGAAGAAGAAGAAGAAGAAGAAGAAGAAGAAGAAGAAGAAGAAGAAGAAUCUGUCUUACACGAAAUAAUGCGUAACUCAAUUGAUUUGAACUCAUCCAAGAGAAGAUUAUCAUUACAUAAGUCGGCUACACCCACCUUAGAGAAAAGUGAUAUGAAGACAAACAUUUUGAAGCAGCUAGAAUCAAAUGUGAACCAGAGGAAGACUUCUGAGAAAAAGGUGGUGGUAACAACAACUCCGACUGGAAAGGAACGGGUCGAAACAGAGAAUGAUGAGAACCAGAAACCAACUCAAAGCAGCUUCUGCAAUGCAAUCAAACUGGGAAAAAAGAUUGAAAAAGAAGCAGGAAAGUGGUUUAUGAACUUUUUGGAGGAAGCAUUGGAAACUGGUUUGAAAAAACAAAAAGGAAGUACAGUGAAUGAUGCUCAAAAAGUUCCUCAGUCUCUCAUGAUCAAGGUUAUUAACUGGGUAGAAGUAAAUCAGUAUGACUCCAAUAAGAAGCCUCUUCACCCCAAGGCAGCACAGAUUACUCGAAAGUUGAGAAUCAAAGUGAAAAAUCCUGAAAAAGUUUAAGUACCUUUUCUGAGAUUGGUUGUAUCAUAUUGGGGGGCUUGCUUAAUGAUUGGUUUAGUAGUGUUGUGUGGUUUGUUUGAUUCUCUGAUUCUUUAAAGGUUGUCGACCCUUUGAGAGUGCCUUUCUAAGUUUAACUUAUUUUUGUGAUGUAUAAGCUUUUUUAUACAAUGAAAAUGAAGGUCAGUUUCUUUAACGAA